AUGUCUGCUAUAUUUACUGAAUCUACCCAUGGUAAACGACAAUUGUGCUACAUCGGAUAUCGAUAUUCUUUGAAACCUACAAGUUACUUAGAUUUAUCAGUAAUUGUUCGUGAAAAUCAUACGCAUCUACCUGACGAAACUGAUAAAGAAGUAUUAGAAAUGCGACAAAAUUUAAAACGAAAAGCUACCGAAGAAUCUAGUCCCAUUGAUCGUAUAGUUGAAGAAGCAUUUCAUGCAAUUAAUAGUCAAUCUCAAUCUAAUGAUUUGCUUAUAGAUAUGCCUGCUAUUGCCACAAUUAAAAAUACUUUACAAAAACAACGUCCUUACUGCAAAACAAAACAAGGGGAAUCAUUUUUAUUAUACGAUGGGCCACUUGGUGGCGUUCGGUCACUAGUUUUCUCUUCUUGUAAUGAUAUGGCUUAUUUAUCACAACAUGAGAAUUGGUACGACGAUGGUACUUUCUACACUUGUCCAUCUAUUUUUUACCAAAUGUAUUCAAUUCAUACUUAUUAUGAUGGAAUAUCAACACCAUGUAUUUUCGCACUACUUACUGGUAAAAACGAGCAAAUCUAUACAGAUCUAUUUACAGUUGUUUUUAAGAAAAUGUUCCAGUCCAGGCUACCUAUUAGAUUAAGAACAAUUACAAUUGAUUUUGAGCUAGCUGUUAAUAUUUAUAAUGUGUUUACUAAAAAUGAUCCUACUGUUGUUGUACGAGGUUGUUUAUUUCAUUAUGGGCAAAGUUUAUUUCGUAAAUUUGUUGAUCUUGGUCUAACAACAGCCUAUAAAAAUGAUGAAAAUCUUCGCGAAUCGUUUCGAUCCUUUGCAGCAUUAUCUUUAUUACCAUUCAAUCAUAUGCUAUGGGGGUUUAUAAUGUUUAAUUCAUACUCGACCUGUAUAUCCAGGCAUUGAGGAAUUUCUUAACUAUUUUCAUAAUACAUAUGGACCGUUAAGUAAAUUUCCACCGCAUAUGUACAACCAUUAUCGUAAUAUUUUACCGCGCACUAUUAAUUAUUUGGAGGGUCGCCAUUCUCGAUUGAAGAAGCAUGUAAAUGCUCCGCAUCCCAAUAUUUAUGUUGCAAUUGACUUAUUACAAAAAUAACAAUCAUUAGUGUGACGAACAUAGAGAUUGUCGCCUAUGCCCGUCGGCAUGAUGGUGUAUUGUGUCAUCUGCACAUCUCUAGUCGUGCAUUUCAUUUAGUUACAUUCCCUCGUAUAUGCGAGAGUGAUCAUGCCUGGGCGGAUAUAGACAAAGAGGGAACAGUCACGCAAUAGAACAAUGAGAGUUCAUCAGGCCAAUGCACAAACACAGGAUACAGCGAAGAGGAUAAAGUACAUAAAGUGAGCCGUAACGGUAAAUACCGUUAGACUAUAGUAUUUCUUUCUUAGUUAGUUUAGAUUAACUAAGCCCAUAACGUCUUCAGUUUCAAGUAAAACCGACAUAAGAUAACAUAGAAAAAUGAAUAUUAUCGUGUAUACAAUAACUCUUGGACAGUUUUUCUUUUUUAUCUAUCGAAAUGUCUAAAAUAUUGAGCUGCAGUUCAUUUUUUAAAUUGUUCCGAUAAAAAAAGUAAAGCCUGAGGAAUAUUGGUCACUUACAAUUAUUGAUCAUCUAUAGAAAAUUGAUAACAGUCGAGAAGAACUUUCAGCACUAUUCCAUAUAUUUGCGCUAACGAAUUAUCGCGUGAAGAAUCGUUAAAUUUAUUUAACGCGUAUUUACGAUCAAAAAGGUAACAUAUUUAAUCGUUAAGUCGUUAAAUUUUUAAUGAUUUUUCACGUAAGGAUGCUUUGUUAAAUCAAUAAAAAAUUUUACAUGGGUGAUGUUAGAAAAAUUGGUUUGGGUUGCCUGAUUUCCAAUUUCUGAAAGAACUGGAUAUUGUUCAAGGCUGUUACUAUGAAAGUGUCGGGUUCCUUUCUAGUUUUGAGCUAAAUUUCGAGAAAAUCAUAUUCUGCCUAUGUCAACAAGAAUAUUAUACUUUCAAUGUACGUCAAUUCCCCUUUUGAAUAAAACGAAGUUUUUUUUUCUUCCCAUUUUUACGUCACGAUUACAAUGUAAAUCGCGUAUGCUUCAGCAUCUGUUCCUAUUUACGCUAAUCUAAUCGUUGAAAACACUAAAGAAAUGAAAGCCAUUUCUUUUAUGUGCACUAUAACAAUUGCGUCGCUUACACAACGCUACAACAGCAAGUACUACGUCAAAUAAAAAUGGAAG